UCAUUUCAUUGAUGAGUAAUGUUUUUAAAAGAAUAUUUUAUACUAUUUUUAAUAUCGAGCAGUAUGUCUCUCCACUGGAUAUAUAUUCAAAGAUAGCAAUUAGAAAAUGUUAUAAAUUGUUUGGAUGUACGGUUAUGUGAUCAAAUAUGACGUUCCAUUUCAGUAUUUCUUUUUUUUUAAGCCUAUUGGCAACAGGGUCUGUGGCGCUAGUUAUAAAAAAAUAUGGAACCAUCCAUUCCUCGGACAUAAAACAUGUGAUAGUAAAAAGGGGGUUGUCGGAAAGUUACCAUCCAUACAACAAGAUAAAAGAACUGCAUUUCAACACGCUCGGAAAGGAAUUCCGGCUAGAAUUAAGCCCUAAUAAUGAUAUUCUACAUUCGAAUUUCAAAUCUUACGAAAUCGACGAGACUGGAAUAGAAAAAUAUACACAUAUAGAUAAAGAGAAUUUCUUUACCGGUAGAGUAUUUGGUGAGAAAUCGUCCAACGUAUCUCUGCACAUAGACGAUGGGUUGAUGACCGGGAGUAUAGAAUUGGAAAGUGAAACUUAUCAUAUUGAACCUGCAUGGAGACAUUUGUCGAAUACAGACAACGAAACCAUGAUGGUAUACAAACAGUCUGACGUUAAACUUACCUGGGAUAAAGACGAGGCUCUACUAGGGGCUAAAACAUGCGGUGUAGAGGACGAUUCUCCCGAUUUUGAAGAGUAUCACAACUCCUCACUUCUCAGGGACAAACGACAAAUUAUCUAUUACGAAGAGAGCAACUUCAUCCCGACAAAAACUAGGUGUUCUCUGUUGCUGGUUGCUGAUCAUACGUUCUAUAAAUAUAUGGGCGGAUCCAGCACUAAAAAAACCAUCAAUUAUCUGAUUAAUUUGAUCGAUAGAGUGCACAAAAUUUACAACAACACGGUAUGGAGGGAACAUCCCCUCGGUCCUGGUUUCAAGGGUAUGGGCUUUCUGAUCAAGAAAAUCGUCGUACAUAGUGCCCCAACCACCAUAAAUUACGAUGAGCAUUACAACAUGGAUAGGACGAACAGGAACAGAUGGAAUGUGCGGCAUCUAUUAGAAGUAUUUUCACGAAAUCCGGACAAUAAGAAUUUUUGUUUGGCGCACUUGUUCACCCACCAAACUUUCAAAACUAGCAAUUCGGUAGUGCUAGGCUUGGCUUAUAUCGCCUCACCAAGAAUCAGUUCACACGGAGGCAUCUGCACCAAAGAAUUCAUCAAAGACGGCCACAAAGUCUACCUAAACUCCGGACUGAGCUCUACCAGCAACCACUACGGUCAGAGGGUGAUAACCAGAGAAGCCGAACUGGUAACAGCCCACGAGUUCGGACACAACUGGGGCUCCGAACAUGAUCCAGACAUCCCGGAAUGUUCUCCCAGCUCCAGGAACAACGGGUCCUAUCUGAUGUACUCGUAUUCGGUGACGGGCUACGAUAAAAACAACAAAGAAUUUUCGCCCUGCAGCAUUCGUUCGAUAAGAAAGGUGUUGGAGUCUAAGUCGCAGAUAUGCUUUUCUGCGCCCGAAAGGAGUUUCUGCGGUAACUCAAAGGUGGAGGAAGGGGAAGAAUGCGAUGCGGGUUUGUUCGGGACUGAGGAUACGGAUAAUUGUUGCGAUAAGGAAUGCAGGCUUCGAAGAGGCGCAGUUUGCAGCGAUAAGAAUUCGCCGUGUUGCCAAGGCUGCCAAUACUCUCCCCGAGGUACGGUAUGCAGAAACGCCCAGUACGGCACCUGCGAAGAACAGUCCGAAUGUACAGGCUGGCAUCCGCAGUGUCCAUCCAGUCCUCCGGUUCAAGACGGUACAGAUUGUCAAGAAAAAGGAAAAUGUUCGAAGGGACGUUGCGUACCUUUCUGCGAGACCAGGGGACAACAGAGUUGCAUGUGCGACACAGCCCAAGACGCAUGCAAACGGUGUUGCCGUUCUUCCUUCGAUGGUACCUGUUCACCACCCGAACCAGACAGUAUUUUACCGGAUGGAACCCCUUGCAUGUACGGAAUUUGCAUCAGCGGUCACUGCGAGAAAACGAGGCCGGAGUUCGUGGAACGUUUUUGGAAGAUAAUCGACAGGAUCAGCAUAAACAAAAUCUUGCAAUUUUUCAGGGACAACAUUGUCGGCAGCGUGAUCAUAAUAACGGCCGCUAUCUGGAUACCAGCCUGUUACGCGAUCAACAAAGUCGAUGAGAAAAGAAGGAGGGAAAAGUUGGAGUGGGAAUGUCAAGAUUUUUACGAACCAUCGGAAGUGGAGCAAGUUAUACGAGUAAAAGUUCCAAGACGUAGAGAUGUGCCAGGUUAUAAUAGCAAAAAGGCGGCCAUUUGAAUCCGAAAGAUCAAAUAUCGAUUUAUAUUUCUAUACAUAAACCUUGUAACAAAUAUUUCUAAUUGUUGAAAAUUAUACACGUUUCCUAUUA